AUGAGGCACACGCACCCGCCCGUCCACCGGAUCGAGCACUUCAUGGAGCGCGACACGUACAUGUCCCCUGCGGAGGCCAAGAAGUGCGGCCUAAUCGACGCAAUGUAUGAAGAGAAUGACACUUAUGAAUUUGGAAUAAUUAGGUGGCUACUAGCUAGUCUUCUGGUUUUCAGCGUCUGUGAUUGUCAGAGUAAACCAGUGCACCUGUUGAUCAACUCCCCUGGGGAAAUUGUCUCUGCGGGGCUCGUCAUUUAUGACACGAUCCAGAGCAUCCCCAUUCUUGUGGCCACGCUAUGUCUCGGUCAGGCUAGAUCCAUGGCCUCACUCCUUGCCGCGGGCACUCCCGACCAACGCCGUGCCCUUCCCAACUCACGUAUAAUGAUUCACCAGCCCUUCGGCGGCUUUCUAGGUCAGGCCUCUGACAUAGCCAUUCAUGCCAAGGAGAUACUCAAAGUCCGUGACUGUGGUGUAGAGGCACUAACAGACUUUGAGGAUCUCGUUGGCAUGAAUGGCUAUGUCAGAAGCCUAACCCAGAAAGCCGCCGAAGGGCUGGUGAAUAAUUAUGCGGGAGUUGAGAAGGGUACGACGCUGGCCGGGAGUGCCCGCAGCGAGGAGUGA